AUGGCUCCUGAGCUUCCCAGAACCUUGCCUGCCUCAUGGUACACCAGCCAGGAACUCUACAACCUGGAGCGGCGCGCCGUGUUCUUCAAGUCGUGGUACCUUUUAGGACCCGUCACUCGCUUCCACGAAGACAACGUCACCUAUGAAGUCGCUCAGGUGCCAGUCUACGUCACUCACGAUGAGACCGGCAAACUCAAAGUCUUGUUGCAGGACACGGAUCGAGAAGUUCGCAGUUGGACGACGUCGACGGGUCUUCUGUUUGCUACCAUCUCGGAUGAUGCCCCCGACUUCAAUGACUUCUUCCCCGACAUUGAGCCUCUGCUCUCCCGUGUCGAUUUCACCAAGCUUCCGCACCGUCGCAGUCUGAAGUACGAUGGCCGCUUCAACUGGAAGACCAUGGUCGAUGGCUACCAGGAGUGUCUUCAUUGCCAGUACACUCACCCCUCGUUUUCCAUCUACUACCCUCCCACUUUCUACUUGGUCAAGAACUUCAAGAACUUCUCCCAACACAUUGCCGAUCCCAAGAAGCCCGACGACGGACUUUUCCUCUACUUCUUCCCGAACUGCACCCUCAACGUCUAUGGCGGCGGAAUGAGCUCCUUCCGCAUCUGUCCCACUCAAGACCCAAACAUCACUCGCAUGGAAUUCGACUACUACCACAUGGAGUCUGGCGACAAGUUUGAGGAAUACUUCAAGUUUGUGCGUCAAGUCGCUCUGGAGGACUAUGAGCUUUGCGAAAAAGCUCAAGCCAAUCUGGAGAACGGUGUCUACGCCGAGGGUAUUUUGAACCCUGAAAAGGAAAACGGCGUGGCCUACUAUCAAGGUCGGGUUAUGGAAAUGGUUUUCGAGCAGCAUGCUCUCGAUCAGCAAACCGUAGAAGUCCGAUAG